UUCCGACCGUGGGCAGACGUAGUAGAACCGAACAUGUCGCGCCAAGUUCACCGGCUGGCUCAGCCAGCCGACAAAAAGAAGAUGCGGCUCGUUGUAGCCAGCUGCAGCAGAACGGGUACUCUGGGUCUCCAUGAAGCCCUGGAAAUGCUUGGGUAUACACCAUACCACAUGAUCGACCUGAUGCUCAAGGGUAGAAAGCCUCACAUCAAGGCUUUCACAGAGGGCAUCCUAGCUCAUAAUAAUCGAUUCUCUGGCAUCAAGAGAUAUGAGACGCCAGACCUUGAUCGAUGGAUAGGAAGUUUUGACUGCUUGAUGGAAAUACCAAGCUAUAUUGGACUCCGAGCUCUGGCCGGUUAUAUCGAAGACCCUGACAUCAAAUUUAUCGUGACCGAGCGCUCGCCCGACAAAUGGGUCAAGUCGUUCAACAACACAAUUGGAGAAGCGAUCGUGGCAGGCCACAAGUUUCCACUGAACAUUCUGAGGCGCUUUGACUCGGAAGUGGGUCAGUUCUUCAAUCUGGCCGAUGUGAUGUACUGGGCAUAUUCUGACGGCACAAAUCCCGGCCAUCCGAACAACGAGGCGGCUCUUCGAAAGAACUAUGUCGAAUACAUCCGGGAGGUGAAGGAAACACUGCCAAAGGAUAGACUUCUUGUGGUCCGACUUGAGGAUGGACUGGGCUGGGAGGAGAUCUGUCCAUUCCUAAACGUGCCUAUUCCCGAAGAGAAGUACCCUCGGGGCAAUGAGCCAGACAAAUUCCAUAAGAUCAUCGAAGAUUAUUUGGAGCCAAAAUUGAAGGCUGCUAUGAUCAAUCUAGGCACAUUUGUAGUCACAGUCGCCGGGAUAGGUGGCUACUUGGGUUGGAGGUAUUAUCGCGGCCAUUAGGAUCAUCAGCGCUUUCUUCAGGAGCGUCAUAGGGAUAGAACAAUGACAUCGAUCGUGAGAUUCAGAUGCUCACUUGACUGUGGGGAAUAGCUAGGUUUUAUAAAUGCGAUCUUAGCGCGAUGGCGUGAUUUGGCUGCAAUCUGGCUCAUCGAUCCCCGACCGAAGGAUG